UUUAUUUUUCUUGUAUAAUUGUCUUUUCUAACGUUUAUUUAAGGUCACUAUAAUCUCUGUGACUUUAUCAUCUGCGUUUCUAAAUUGCUGUCAUAUCGUCGAUCUAUUUAUUUUGAUCAAGAAGUUUACACUGAUUUACACCGUUCGUAGGAACCAGGAUCAAUAACACGAGCAAGAAGUGUCUUUGAUAUAAAUUGCUCUUGAACGUACCCUGUUAUUGGAAUAUUUGGUUGUCACAUUUUUGUUUAUCAAAUAUAAAUAAAGGAUUUCUGCUUUCACAGCUGAAAUACGGUAUUGGAAAUGGGUUGGGUAUUUGAGGUAGCUAAGAUGUUUCUCUAUUUAUCAUUUCCUGUUGGAAUAUAUCACUAUGUCAAUCAGCCAGCCUACUUUGAUAAAUGGGUGAUACAAGCAAAAAAGGAGUACUUCCCAACCGAAAGUAAACAAGUAUAUGAGCAAAUGGAAAACUUUAUUUACGACUUUAAUGUUAACAUUGAAAAGAAACAUUUGGAUGCUUUGGAGAGGCAGAGUAAAAACAAACAGUGAAGAAAAUAUAUUGUAAUGUUUUGAUUGUGAUAGCAGUAGUAAAAUUUAUUUUUUUGUAC